CUCCAUCCUCCGCCUAUGAAGAAGGCCAAGUCUCAGGCAGUGGCGUGCUCUCCUCUCGACCCUAACAAGAACGGUCUUCAUCGCCACCAUACCCAAGUCGAAAACGACGUAGUAUUUGACCCUUCAGCAGCCAUGGCUAUCGACGAUGACGUCAGGCCUGACGAACCCCGUGCUCCCGCUGCCGCCAAUUUGUCCCGCAAGAAGGCUACGGCUGCCCCACCUCAGCCCGCGAAAAAGCUCGUCAUCAAGCUUCUUAAAGCUAAACCAACACUGCCUACUAAUUUUGAGGAGGAUACAUGGGCAAAGCUGAAGUCAGCUAUUACUGCUAUAUUUUUGAAGCAACCAGAUUCAUGUGACUUGGAGAAACUUUAUCAGGCUGUCAAUGAUCUUUGCCUGCACAAGAUGGGAGGAAGCCUUUAUCAACGAAUUGAAAAAGAGUGUGAAGCACAUAUAUCUUCUGCACUAAAAUCUCUGGUUGGGCAAAGCCCAGAUCUGGGGGUUUUCUUAGCACUUGUUGAGAAAUGCUGGCAAGACCUUUGUGAUCAGAUGUUGAUGAUUCGUGGUAUAGCCUUGUAUCUAGAUAGAACAUAUGUAAAACAAACCCCAAAUGUUCGUUCAUUGUGGGACAUGGGCUUGCAGCUUUUCCGGAAAUAUCUUUCAUUGUCUGCUGAGGUUGAGCAUAAAACUGUUACCGGCCUUUUAAGAAUGAUUGAGAGGGAGAGAUCUGGUGAAGCAGUUGAAAGGACUCUCCUUAACCAUCUUUUAAAGAUGUUUACUGCCUUAGGAAUUUACUUGGAAAGCUUUGAGAAGCCUUUCCUUGAGUGCACAUCUGAAUUUUAUGCUGCUGAAGGGAUGAAAUUCAUGCAGCAAUAUGAUGUUCCAGAUUACCUGAAGCAUGUUGAGAUUAGAUUGCAUGAAGAACAUGAAAGAUGCUUACUCUACCUGGAUGCAAGUACAAGAAAGCCACUAAUAGCAACAGCAGAAAAACAACUUCUUGAACGCCAUAUACCUGCCAUUCUUGAUAAGGGGUUUACAACGCUUAUGGAUGGGCAUCGUAUUGAGGACCUUCAGCGGAUGUAUUCACUAUUUUCCAGGGUCAAUGCCCUUGAAUCACUGAAGCAUGCUCUCAGCUCAUACAUUCGGAAAACUGGACAGGGCAUUGUCAUGGAUGAUGAGAAAGAUAAGGAUAUGGUUCCUUCCUUGUUAGAGUUUAAGGCUUCUCUUGACACAAUAUGGGAAGAAAGCUUUUCAAAGAAUGAAGCAUUUUCCAACACUAUUAAGGAUGCUUUUGAGUAUCUAAUAAAUCUACGUCAGGUUAGCAUCUUUAAAUCUAUGAUCUCUAAGUUGAAGACUGAGUGUGGCAGCCAGUUUACAAACAAACUUGAAGGAAUGUUCAAGGAUAUUGAAUUAUCAAAGGAGAUAAAUGAAUCAUUCAAGCAAUCAUCCCAGGCUCGGACAAAACUUCCAUCAGGAAUUGAGAUGAGUGUCCAUGUCUUAACAACAGGGUACUGGCCCACAUAUCCACCCAUGGAUGUUAGGCUUCCACGUGAACUUAAUGUUUAUCAGGACAUAUUUAAGGAGUUCUACUUAAGCAAGUACAGUGGGAGACGGUUGAUGUGGCAAAAUUCUUUAGGUCAUUGUGUGUUGAAAGCAGAUUUUCCUAACGGUAAAAAGGAGCUGGCAGUUUCCCUGUUUCAGACUGUUGUUCUGAUGUUGUUCAACGAUGCUCAAAACCUUAGCUUUCAAGACAUCAAGGACUCUACUGGCAUAGAGGAUAAGGAACUUAGGAGGACUUUGCAGUCACUUGCCUGUGGAAAAGUGCGAGUUCUGCAGAAGUUGCCCAAGGGGAGAGAUGUAGAGGAUGAUGAUUCAUUCAUUUUCAAUGAAUUAUUUAGUGCUCCUCUCUAUCGAAUCAAGGUGAAUGCAAUCCAAAUGAAAGAAACAGUGGAAGAGAACACUAGCACCACUGAAAGAGUAUUUCAAGACCGUCAAUAUCAGGUCGAUGCAGCUAUUGUUCGAAUAAUGAAAACAAGGAAAAUCUUGAGUCACACUCUUCUAAUAACCGAGCUCUUCCAACAGCUCAAGUUUCCUAUAAAACCAGCUGAUCUGAAGAAAAGGAUCGAGAGCCUGAUUGACAGGGAGUACCUGGAGAGGGACAGGAACAACCCACAGAUAUACAAUUACCUGGCAUAGUUUUCAUUUUUUUUUUCCACACUAGAUCUGCUUGGGAAAGUGACACGGGAAACCCUAGUCAUUAUCGAAGAGGCAGGAUGUUGAAAUCCUUUGUCAGAUGAAUGUACAGUAGCCUGUAAUCUUUUUUUUUUUUAAAUACCUUUGUUUCAGUCAACAUUGUAAUUACAAAGGUAUAUCUUUAGCUUCUCUGUUUUUUGAUGGCAUAUCUUAUCGUGUUAUGAAUUUGAGCUACUUUGAAAUCUACGAAUUGACUCUCUUCUGAGAUAUCAUGCAUUGUU